UUGGUUUUCAGUUUAGGCUUUAAUGAUUGCAGGUCAGGGCGGGGCCAGUGUCUCACACCUUCCAAAGGAUGACAGGCUGCGACGUGGGGCCUGAUGGGCACUUCCUCUGCCGUUACCUUCGUGACACCUACGACCGCGCGGAUUACAUCACCCUGCGGGUGCCAUGGCGGGACACCGCGCCGCACAUCACCCGCUGCAAGUGGGAGGCAGCCGGUGAGGCGGAGCGCUACAGGUACUACCUGGAGGGCACGUGCAUGGAGUGGUUCCUCAAGUAUCUGGAGAUGGGGAAGAAGACACUGCUGGAAGCAGAUACAGGGACCACGAGGACUCCCUGAUCUCCCAUCCACUGCGGCUGGCUUUCCAGAGGAAGGGAAAAUGGACUCAGUGUCAGAACAGCGCCCCUCCCACUGGUGGGAAGAGGGAGAUCCGCCUCAGUGUAUUCAUAUUCCUACUAGGGAGUGACUCCCUUAGAGGGCGAUGAGGAACCCAGUCUCCUGGGUUGCAGAUUGAGAUCAUCCCUGAAAUAACCCAUCAGCAGUUCCUUUGACCUGGGCAGCCACCUUGUGAACCAUGAUUUUUCUCUCAAGGCCUUGUUCUCCAUCUGAGAACAUCUUUGGGAGUCUGACUCCGUGUUUUCUGAGCACUGACCCUUCACUGCAGUCACAAGACCAUUAGAGUGUUCGCCAUUUUAGACCUGCACACUCCUACCCUGGGCGCUCUCCCUGAUUCCACAUAAUUCCACAUCCUGAAGUCUAGGCUGGUCUGGCUCUUGUGCUUUUUCCUUCCAAACCAAUUAUCCUUUCCAUUGUCGGGAUGGUCAUAUGAAAGCAACCCAAAGUGUGAUUUUCUGAUUCUUCUUCCUCAUAACCCC